AACCAGCAACCAGUAUGUCUUUGCGCGAGUACCGCAAGCCAAUCCCAAGUGGAAUUGCAAACGGAGCCCAAGACGCUAAAGUAUCGCUCAUCCCAGGACGAAAACGUAUUCAGAUGAUGGGAGAUAGUGACAGCGAAGGUGAUGUUUCGGCGAGCCCAAUCAAGACCGUCGCUAUUCCAACAGUGGGCCCCAUCAUAAACGGGUCGUCCGCUCCGGCGGUGGCUCAGGUUUUAACGGUGGACGAGAAAUCGAAACGACUAAAAACGGUGAAGGACAUCUACAGCUCGGUGGAGAUCCUCACCGUACAAACCGCGCUGGUAGCGAACGAAUGGGACGUAAGCAAAACUGUAGAGCAGUUGAAAAGCGUGGAUGCCAAAUGCAAACUCCUAUCGACGAAGCCAGUUGUCGCUGCAGCGGGAUCGUAUUCCAUGGCAGGACACAAGCAACAACCAGCUAAGAAACGGCGUGUUCAGCAAUCAAACAAAAGUGCAGAUGAAAGCGACAAUGAUUCCGACCGUCCCACGGAGCAGGUGUUUGAUAGCGAUGAAGAUAGCGACGGUUACUGUGGUUCUCACUCAACCAAACUCACUUCAGAGCGGAGGGCUGUACUGGAGUUUCUCAAUGGCGCCAAAAAUCACGAACUGAUCAGCGUAAAGUCACUAUCGACGAAAAAAAUCGAUUUUCUGUUAGAACUACGACCGUUCAAGGAUUGGCCUGAUUUAAUUGACAAACUGCGAUCACAUCGCUCGCUUCCAACGGAAAUACUGAACUAUACGCAGGAGUACCUGACACGUCGGAACAAUCUGGCCGGGAUCAUGGGCAAGUGCAGUAAAAUAGUGAAGAAGCUUGAGGAUGCGAUUGAAUCCGGUAGCAGUCGGGCCGUCGAACAGCCAACCAGCAUUGGUGAAGGGUUGAAGCUCGCCGAAUAUCAGCUGGUUGGUCUGAACUGGCUUACCAUAAUGCACCGGCACAACAUGAGCUGUAUUCUGGCCGACGAGAUGGGACUUGGUAAGACGAUCCAAAUCAUUGCAUUUCUUGCCUGGUUGAAGGAGAAUGGCGAGCAAACGCGACCGUGUCUGGUGGUGGUCCCAUCUUCAACCAUGGAUAAUUGGGAGCAGGAAAUGGUGAAGUGGUGCCCAGAGUUGAGUAUAUUAAAGUACUACGGCAGCCAGGCCGAGCGGCGCAUGGUGCGGGUCGAUUGGGCCAAGAACGGCAUCGAGGAUGUGGAUGUGGUGUUGACCACCUACCACAUGAUGGGCGCUUCGGCGGAGGAGAAGAAAAUGUGGCGCGUCACGGAGUUCGAUUACGUCGUGUUCGAUGAGGCGCACAUGCUGAAGAACGUGCAAUCGCAACGCUACCAAAACCUGAUGCGUAUUAACGCAAAGCAUCGCAUUCUUUUGACCGGCACUCCGUUGCAAAACAAUUUGCUCGAACUGAUGUCGCUGCUGUGUAUCGUGAUGCCGAAGCUAUUCGGAAGCAAAAUAGAGGACAUUAAAACCCUAUUCCAUUCUAAGGCGAAAUCCGCUAAAGGGGACGGUGAAAGUGAUGAUGUCUCUCCCUUCGAAAAAACUCAAGUCGAACGAGCAAAACUGAUCAUGAAGCCAUUCAUUUUGCGAAGACUGAAACGCGAUGUCCUUAGUUUCCUACCGCCGAAGAAAGAAAUUCUUUUUAAAACGCCAAUGGUUGAUUCGCAGAAAGAAAAGUACGACGAAACGGUCAACGAGUACCAAAAGGUGACGGGAGUGAUAAAGGAAACCACAGAAGUCAGUGGAAUGUCUAUCAUGAUGGAUUUACGGAAACUUGCCAAUCACCCGUUGCUAUUACGCUACUACUACACCGAUGACGACGUCCGCAAUAUGGCGCGAAAACUGGCUACGGAUGCAGAUUACAAGGGGAAAAACGUAAACGACAUUUUUCAGGACAUCGCCUACCUCUCGGAUUUUAAAUUAUUCGAAAUGAGAGACAAGUACACGAGCCUUUACGACUUAAGGUUACCCGAAAAGUUGAUCACUACUUCCGGAAAAUUUCGCCAGCUUGAUGAACUGUUACCAAAGCUAAAGGCGGACGGGCACCGUGUACUCAUCUUCAGCCAAUUUACUAUGAUGCUGGACAUCAUGCAGCGUUACCUGAAAAUUCGCAAUCAUAGGUUCCUGCGGUUGGACGGCUCCACGGCCGUUACUGAGCGCCAGGAGCUGAUCGAUCAGUACUCGUCCGACGCGAAUUUGUUUAUAUUUUUGCUUUCCACUAAAGCGGGAGGACUGGGCAUCAACCUGACGGCUGCUGACACUGUUAUUAUUCACGACAUUGACUUCAAUCCGUACAAUGACAAGCAGGCCGAAGAUCGUGUUCAUCGCAUGGGACAGCAGAAGCCGGUCACGAUCUACAAACUCAUAUCGGAGGGCACUAUCGAGGAAGGGAUGUUGACGAUUGCGCAGCAAAAGCUGCAGUUGGAAAAGGACGUUACAGAGGAGGAUGAUGAAAACCCGAUGAAUAACCAUAAGUGCAUGGUGGGACUGCUAACUAUGGCACUAGGAAUGGAUGAAAACAAGGCCGAAACAAUAUUGAAAAAUGAGUCUCCGAUGAAAAAACCAUUUAGAGAAGAAUUUUAAGUAUUCCUUGCAAAGUGAAACCACAUUCGCGUUCUCUGGUGACAUUAUUCGAAAACGUAAAGCCGAGUGCAAAUAAACCGAUUGCAAGAGAAAAAGCCGCGAAAGUGAAUCAAGCAGGUUCUUACUCAUGAUCCCCGCCCAUCCAUGACCUGCAUUGUAGAAUAGCGGUCCGGUUUUAUUGAUUUUUAUUUUAUAAUCCCUUUAUUUA